GAUAUCUCCCUCCCUCUCCGACUGUCUGCCCGGCUGGGAAGCUAAAAUAAUAAAAUGCUGAUCUCACACCCUUCUCUGCCUCGGCGUCUGCCCUGCCGCCCUCUGGGUCCACACUCCGCCGGAGGAGAGGCCAAAGGCACAGGCCGCCAAAGAACCAUUUUCGGUCCCCUUGGCCUACACCGCAGGGGCGGUGUCCCCCUCCGCCAGCCAUGACGACUUCCUACCAGAAAGAGCUGGAGAAAUAUCGAGAUAUCGAUGAAGACAAGAUCCUGAAGGAGCUCUCCCCAGAGGAGCUGGCGCAACUGGAUCUGGAGCUGCAGGAAAUGGAUCCUGAAAACAUAAUGCUCCCGGCGGGACUCAGACAGCGAGACCAGACCAAGAAAAGCCCCACAGGGCCACUGGACCGCGAUGCCCUGAUGCAACACCUGGAGAAGCAGGCCUUGGAGGUCAAGGAGAGGGAAGACCUGGUGCCCUUCACCGGGGAGAAGAAAGGGAAGCCUUUUAUCCCAAAGAACCCCAACAGAGAAAUCCCCAAGGAGGAGCAGAUCACACUAGAACCUGAACUGGAAGAAGCCCUCAAAAAUGCCACCGACGCGGAAAUGUGCGACAUUGCAGCCAUCUUAGGCAUGUACACCCUCAUGAGCAACAAGCAGUACUACGAUGCCAUCUGCAGCGGCAACAUCACGAACACAGAAGGCAUAAACAGUGUAGUGCAGCCGGAUAAAUACAAGCCCGUCCCAGAUGAGCCCCCGAACCCCACCAACGUGGAAGAGACCCUGGGCAAAAUCCAAAGCAACGACAAAGAUCUCGAGGAGGUGAACCUUAAUAACAUUAAGGACAUUCCCAUUCAAACACUGAAAGAAAUUUGUGAAGCCAUGAAAGCCAACACUCAUGUAAAGAGGCUCAGCUUGGUGGCAACUCGGAGUAAUGACCCGGUGGCACACGCUGUGGCUGAGAUGCUGAAAGAGAACAAGACCCUCCAGACCCUCAACAUCGAAUCCAACUUCAUCACCAGUGCAGGAAUGAUGGAAGUGAUCAAAGCCAUGAAGAAUAACACCACACUGUCUGAGCUUAAGGUGGACAACCAGUGCCAGCGGUUGGGGGACUCCGUGGAGAUGGAGAUGGCCGCCAUGUUGGAAAACUGUCCCUCCAUUAUCCGGUUCGGGUAUCACUUCACGCAGCAGGGACCAAGGGCCAGAGCUUCCAUCGCCAUCACCAAGAACAACGAACUACGUCGCAAGCAGAAGAAGACAUAAUGGCGUCUCUCCCACAACCGCAUCCAAAACGCCCUUCGCUCCCCUGGCGUGCCUAAGAAACCAUCCCUUGAUCUUCCAAAGUUGGAGCCAGGAACAGCCGGGAUCUUUUUAAUUUUUAAAAGGAUCUCUCCCAAGGGAAUCCCCUCCCUGUUGUCCUCUCCGACUGAUGCUCUCGUCUCUCUGUUGCAAUCUCAGGUUCUUCUUUCCUUCCUCCGAAUUUAAGUGCCCCCCAUCUUUCGAUUUACCUCUGUAAAUAAAGAGAAAUCUCGGAGGAACCCUGCUCCCCUUUCCAGGGCCGAACUGGCUUUGUUCUUCACUAUGGACCAAAGGCAGUUGCAGUCGUCCCAUCUUUUCCUAGAUAAGCUAUUAUUGUUAUAUUGUUAGGCACUUGGCUCCUUCAAAUAUAUAUAUAUUUCUUGCAAUUUCUGGAAGAAAUGUUCUGGCAGCCUGGUAUUUUCCUAUCUGUCCAGAAAGGUGUCAGUUGUUUCCCGACUCCCUGCAACUAUAAAUUCACUUAAUUAUUUUUUUUCCAGACCUGAACUCAUUACUAUUAAUAUCAUUAAUAUUAAUAUUCCUUAGCAUCUUUAGAACAUGCUUGGUGGACUUUAAUUUCUCAGGAAUGCUUACAACAACCCUGUAAAGUAGGUCGGUGCAAUGCCCAAUUUCCAAAGGGAGAAACUGAGGCAAAAAGCCAAUGACUACUUUCAGGUUUCGAAGCUGAUUGUAGCUCAUUGUCUUAGUCAUUUAUCCUAGCUGUUAAUUGCAGUUAAAAUGGAGCCGAUCCCCUGCCAUGCAAUCCUCAUGUUGGUAUAAUUGUUUUAUUUAUUUUAAGGCAGCAAAAUUAAAAAGAGAAAAGAACAAAACGUGA